AAAACGACACCAAAAACAUUCGCUGUGUAGUAAAAGGUUUUCUGGUAAAACCAAAAGUGGGUGAAGUCUAUUCUUAAACCCAGGCGUUUGAUUGGUUCCUUGUCCUGUGACGUCGGUAAGUGGGCGUGAGCGAUAUGAACAUCAACAAAAGACAGAACAAGAGAAAGGAGAAAGAAGCGACAAGACGAGAAGGACUAACGUUAUACGUUACAGCAGAAGAAAACAAAUAUGUGGAUUUGAGCUGCCAUAACAGAAACUAAGAAAUCACUUCCUGCAGUGCCAGCCAAGACAUGGAUGCCUUCAAGCUGAUGAAGGAGCUGAGGGUGAACUAUGAGCAGGAGGCUCAUUAUCUCCCCAAAGAGACGGGGCUGAGGCUCAUUGAAUCCACUACAGAGGAUGACAGUCGGAUUUCAGCCAAGUGCAGAGAUGCCAAAGUGGAGGAUCUGUGGAGUUUGACCAGCUUCUUCGGUUACAGCACCCAGACGUUCGUCCUGGCUGUUAACCUGUUGGACAGAUUCCUGGCCAUGAUCAGGAUCCAGCCAAAGCACCUCUCCUGCGUGAGCGUCAGCUGCCUCCACAUGGCGGCCAAAGUGACGGAGGAGGAGUGCAACCUGGCCCCCCCGGUGGAGCUCAUCCGCAUCGGACAGUGCCGCUUCACCGCCUCCGACCUCUGCCGAAUGGAGAAGAUCGUCGCAGAGAAACUCAACUUCAAGUCCAAAGCCGUCACUGCCUUAACCUUCCUGGACCUGUACCACCAGAUCGCACUUUCACACUGCACAGACAGAAAGGAGAUCCUCAGCCUGGAGAAACUGGAAGCUCAACUCAAAGCCUGUCUGUGCCGGAUCUCCUUCUCUAAAGCAAAGCCGUCCGUCCUAGCCUUGUCUCUCCUGAGGCAGGAGAUCCACGCCGUUCAGUCGGAGGACAUGCUGGAAAUAGCCUGUCACAUCCAGAGACACCUCAAGAUUACUGACGUGGAGCUGCGGCUGUGGAGUGAGCGGGUGGCUCGCUGUCUGUCGGACUACUCCUCGCCUGAAUGCAGCAAACCCAAUCACAGGAAGCUGCAGUGGAUCGUGUCGCGGCGGACCGCCCAGAACCUGCACAGCUACCGCACCGUGCCCGAGCUGCCCACCAUCCCAGAGCACUGCUGGGACGAGAGCGAGAGUGAGGACUCCUGUGAGGACGUGAUGAGUUCAGGAGAGGAGUCGCUCAGCAGUUCUCUGGGCAGCGACGCCGAGGGGCCUUACUUCCCUCUGCACCUCCGCCGCAAACACCUCCACGCCUGACGCCUCGCUGCCUCCCCCAAAAAAAACCUUCAAAUUCUCCACCUGUAGUCUUUAAUUUAUUGUCAGAAAGCUCCGGUACCGGUGGAGAAUCGCACAACUACUGAGCAGUCCGGACUCUUCCUGCUAGAUUUGUAGUUUGUAGUCGUGUCGGUGCAUGUUGAGAUGUCACAUUCCAGAAGCGUUGUUAGAUUAAGAGUUUGGUCUCUAAGGUGCUGAUAAAAACAUCUCAACCUCAGGCGUCAGUUCAGCUGUUCACGUCGUUGUGAAGAUUUGCCAAAACGUAUUUAUUUAAUAUAAGUUAUACAGAAGCUGAGAGCGGCUGUGAGUGGUGACUUUACACGUUUAAGUUAUGAAGAGCUCUAACGUAAGGCACUGAUAACGGUUUCUUAAUAACAGGGUUGGAAACUAAACUAGAUUUGUAUUUCUUUAGAUUACAUUGUGAUGUUUUUUUGACAUAAGACUGUUCGUAUGCACGUCUGCUCUCACCUUCUGUAGGGAAAGUUUCAUUUGCACAUUUUUAAAAUCUCAUUUAGAGCAUUAAAUUAGCAGACAGGAGAUUUGUGUCUGAGAGGGAAUCUGAUGCGUUUGAAAUUGUUCACAGGGUGUUCAGAUAAAACAGUUAACGUGUGUGUGUGUGUGUGUGUGUUCAAGGAUGUUUGCAUGUAUGACCAUGGUUUAUAUUUAUAUAAUUAUUUUAGGAUGUAGGUUAGAAGAAAAAAAAAGUUUGGUGUUUGAAAGCGUUCUGCGAAAAUGCUGUAUGGAAAAAAAAUAAUGCUGACUGUCAAAAAUAU